CAUCCCCUCUCGAGUUGGUAGCACAGAGGCAAUCUGAAGUAGGAAGCCAUGAAUAUGAAGCACGUCGAGGAUCAGAUGGCACUCCUUUAUAGCUUGUACCCUGUCAUGAGUCCACCCUUUCCAGAAGGUGCCCCCAACCCACACACCAUCUUAGCAGAGUCGACUUUUUCAGGGGAUAUGGACCCUUUCUGGCUCAUCAGCAGCGUCGAGUGUCUGGCGGACGAGCCCAAGCCCAGGCGCCGGAGGAACAAGAAGGCCAAGUCCGACGCCACGGCAGAGAUGAAGAAGCGCAGGCUCAGCGCAGAGCAAGUCAAUUUCCUGGAGAAGAACUUCGACAACGAGCACAAGUUGCAGUCUGAGAGGAAGCUUCGGCUCGCGAUGGAGAUCGGCCUCGACCCCCGUCAGGUCGCCGUCUGGUUUCAGAACCGGCGAGCCCGCUGGAAGAGCAAGCAGCUGGAGGAAGAGUACCAGAGGCUCAAGUCCUUGUAUGAAAAUGCCAACUCAGAGAAGAGCAAGCUCGAAUCGGAGGUCAGUCUUAAUGACUGUCAAAAACAUGGUUUCGGUCAAAAUUAG